AUGGGCAAGAUUCACCAAAUCGUUCUAGGGCUGGUGCUGUAUACCAUUAUUGGAGCCACUGCACUUGUCCCAACUACUCUGCAAAUAACAGAUUUCACAGCAACAUCAAUAAAGGUUUUUUGGGAAACGAUUAUUGAAGCUGAAAAUUACGUCUUAACCUUCUAUGAAUCCAAAUCUGGAAUAAUGCAUGUCAAAGAUAAUAUCAGCGCGGGAAGGACAACUUAUGUCAUAUCAAAUCUGAACCCUGGUACAAUGUAUGACCCAAUAACUAUACAUGAAAUGUAUGCUGGUGUACCUGGUCCUCUGAGUAAUGAGGUCAGUCAAUUAACACCCGAAACGUUUAUCAUCAAAUAUGAAGAAUACAACUCUGGAAUGCCUCAAUCCGUAACUGUGCCAGGGACAGCCAAUACUUAUGAAUUGGAAAUGUUGAAACCCUCCACACUGUAUUUUGUACAAGCAGUAUAUCCUGAUGUGUCAAGUGAUAUCAGCAAUGAAAUUCAACAAACAGCAGAAGCGAGAGCAGUUGCAUCAGGUGAUCCACAUAUGACAACAUUCGAUGGACGUCGAUACAGUUUUCAAGGUGCAUGCUGGUAUACAUUUUUCAAAGACUGCACCACACACCCUGAUUUUGAAGUCAAAACUAAGGUUGAAAAAAGAGAUGAUAUUGAACUAUUCAAAACAAGGACAGUAUCUUUCAAAGUUACUGUCAGAGACCAGUAUGCUAUUGUUAAUGGCAUGGAUGUAGUCAAAGGAAGUACAGGUGAUGGACAUGUGGAUUCAACUGCUAUACAGAUUCAGGAAAAAGAUAGCGUGAUUACACUGACAUUCACAACCAAGGAUACAACAUACACUCUGACAUGGACAAUGCGAAAACAUAUUUUAGAAGCGUCAUUCUCUGGUUUUGAUUACAACGGCAAACUCUGUGGUCUGAUGGGAGAUGCUGAUGGUGACAAGCAUAAUGACUUCAAGAAGCCUGAUGGUACUAGUACUAAUGACGCUAUUCAGUUUGGAGAAAGCUGGAAAGUAAACGAAGAAGUGUAA